UUCAUCUAGUGUUGGUUCUAGUAUCUGUGAUGAAGACACUCUUAAUUCCAUUUCGGUUUCAACGGAAGAAACUAGCUGUCUACUUUCAAAUCUCUCUACUGGUAAAGCAACCGGUCGCGAUGAGAUAUCUGCCAGAUUGUUGAAAGAGUGUUCGAACGAGAUCGCUCCAUCCUUAACAGCGCUGUUCAACAAAUCGCUCACUCUUGGUAAAGUUCCACAGGAAUGGAAGGAAGCUAAUGUUGUCCCUGUUCCCAAGAAAGGCGAUGUUCACGAGGUCAGUAACUAUCGGCCGAUUUCCCUGCUGUCACUAGUGUCCAAACUUCUCGAGCAAGUUGUGCAUUUGCACGUGUCGGAAUUUGUUGAAUCAUCACUGAGUAAUCUGCAACAUGGUUUCCGCAAAAGACGUUCGUGUGUCACCCAACUUCUUCGUGUUUUCCACGACGUUGGUAAAGCCCUAGACUCGGGAAAGGAAGCUGACAUGCUUUACUUAGACUUCUCCAAAGCCUUUGAUUCUGUUUCUCAUCGAAACCUUCUUUUGAAACUUGAACAACAUGGUAUCUCCGGCUCAUUGUUGAACUGGUUCUCCGACUAUUUGAGCGAACGACGUCAGCUAGUAGUGGUCGACGGAGUGUCAUCCUCGUUUCUUAAUGUAACAUCAGGGGUAGCACAAAGGCAGGGUACUCAACCCACUUUUGUUCUGGAUUUACGCAAAUAACCUCCCAAAGGCAGCAAAUCAUAGCACAGUGCCCAUGUUUGCUCAUAACAGCAAAUGCUAUGGUCAAAUAACCCAACCUCGAGAUAGAGAUCUUCUUCAGGAUGACCUAAAUUCCCUACACCAAUGUUCUAAGACGUGGGACUUAAAUUUCAAUGCGAAGAAGUGUGUUUCCCUCAGAUUUUCACGAAAAGAAAACCUGCGUUCCACCUCAAGACUACUUCCUAAACCAGCAAAUUAUAAAGUCUUCGUCCACACAGAGUGAUUUGGGUAUCCUGGUGAGCGACAAUAUAAAUGGUCCAAACACAUCAUCAACAUCGUUUCUAAAGCCAACAGAAUGCUUGGGUUUCUGCGCCGCAAUAGUUUCCACCUCACUGACGUGGAUGCCCGCCGCCUUCUGAAUUUGUCUCUGGUCCGCUCUCACUUAUCGUUCGGCUGCGAAUUCCGGGCUCCUCAAGGUGCGUCUGCUGAUCUGCUUCAUCUCGAAAGAAUUCAACGCCGAGCAACAAAGUUUUUUCUUCAGGACUAUGAAUUGUCAUGCGUUGGUCGCUUGAAAACAAUAAAUCUAAUCCUCUUUGAUCCUUUCAUACUGGCAUGAAAUUAAAGACAUCAUAUUCCUUUACAAAUCUAGAUGUAUUUGAAUCUAGAUGUAUUUGACCUAGAUAUAAUUAGCAAUAUUGGACGACGUAAUUUACCGAGGAAUGAGAAUCGUAGUACCACCAUCAAUGCAACAGGAAAUGACAGAGCUGGUCCACGAGAGCAGGAGAAGCGUUGUAUUGGCCGGCCAUGAGUUCUCAAGUCGAAGUGAAAGUAAAGGACUGCAGUACUUGUCAUGACUAUGCAGCAGCGCAACAGAAAGAACCGAUGAUGCCGAGCAAGACUCCAGACUAUCCAUGGACCGAAGCAGCAUCUGACAUAUUUACGUUCAAGAGCAAAAACUAUAUACUGUCAGUAGAUUACUACUCCAAGUACAUUGAAGUCACAGAACUCAACGACCUCUCAGCUUUUAGUACCAUCGAAGCCCUAAAAGGACACUUUGAGAGACAUGGUAUUCCAGAAAGGCUGACGACAGACUGUGGCACACAGUAUACAAGCGUAGAAUUUAAGAAUUUUACGAAAGCCUACAACUUCCAACACAUGUUGAUAAGUCCAAAACACCCUAAAGCAAACGGAGAAGCAGAGGCGGCGGUAAAAAUCGUUAAAUCAUUGCGGAGAAAGAACAAUGACAAGCACAAAGCCCUGUUGGUCUAUCGAGCAGCACCACUAGCAGGCAUUGAUCUGUCACCAUCACAGCAAUGUAUGGGAAGAAGACUGAGAACUGACCUCCCGAUAGCACGCAGUUUGUUAGAGCCCGAAGCAUAUAACACAAAUGAUAUCAAGAGACGAAUGCGCCAUCCAAAGGAAAAGCAAACCUACUACCAUAACCGCCAUUGGACAAAAAACUAUCCCCACAGAAACCUGGUGAACACGUAAGAAUCCGACCAGAACCAAGGUCGAAGCUAUGGAGACAAGCAAAUGUGGUCGACCAUCAUUCAUCACCUCGGUCUUAUAUUGUAGAGACAGGACAACAAAAGCUUAAACGCAACCGAGUAGCCUUAAGAUUAGACCCAGGAAGAUCAGCAGUGGAAGUAGCAAAGAAUGAUUACGCUAUCAACGACGAUAUGAGCCACCAAGAAACCCUUGAUAACCCAAACCCGGUAAGCGUACCACCAGCUCAUCACCCAACAGUAGCAACAGCAACGUCCACGGUGAAAGACAAGGAAACGCCUGUCCAGAGGUCAGGAUCAGAAACUCGCCAAACACACUACGCUAGACAGAUUUAGAAAAGACGACGCGACCUCUAAGACGACGUGGAUGUCGUCAUUUGGCGCCAACUCACGUCAGCUUCUGGUUUGCGACGUCGUCUUAGACGAUUUCACGACGUGAAAAUACGAUUUUCACGUCCUCACGAAGACGCGACUGUUUUUGUUUUGUUUUCCCCCUAUAAAAGGUAGGUUUAUUGAAAUAAAUAUAUUCUGUGUAUGGACAGUGUUGUGGUUUGUCGCUGCAGAUAAAUUUUACGUGUUUUCUUUGGAUGUUUACAACAUUUUUGCGAGAUUGAAGGUUGUAGCAUAAAAAAACCGUGACAAGUUUAUGCGUGAAGUUUUUUACACAACAGUUUUGUUAUAUAUAAAACGUUUUUUUCUUCUGAAAGGAAGAAGAGAUGAUAAUUAAUUAUACUGCAUAUUUUAUCAAACAAAUAUUCACCCGAAGUUCAAAGUUCAAUGUUUAUUUACACUUUUAAGAGAUGUGUUUAUAUUUAGGUUUAUAUUGUUUCAUACAGUGAUACAGUAUCCGAAUAUCAUAAUACUCUGUCAGGAAACCAUCUCUCAAAAAUACAAAUAAACACUGAGCAGUUGAUCAUUUUAGCUAGCGCUUUAAUUUUUAUUCUGUUUAUUUAAAUAUUACAGUAUACAGGCUAUACAUUGUAAAACAGUCUUGAAGCCAACAUGGAGGAUCAAGGAGAAAGCAGCUCGAAAAAAAAGUAAGCCAACAGUUUUAUAAUAAUAUAAACCACGCAAUAAUUAAAAUUGUUGUCUAAAUGUUUACAACACUUGUGUAUUAAAACUCAUUAAUAUUUAUACUGUACAACUAUAGUUUUAUAAAUAUUUACUGAACUGAUUAUUUUAAAACAUAAAAUUAUAGCCUAUAGUAUUAGGUCAUAAAUCCUCACAACCCCUAUAAUCCUUCUGAGAAUUUUAAAAUGGAGGUGUGUUGAUUUAAUCAGACUUUAGUGACUGUAAAUGCCUGAAUAACUGCAUUGACCUGGAUUUCAUUUUCUAUUUAUAAUUUUUUUAGACGUGUGUUUACCUUGAAUGACAUCAAGGAUCACUUGCUGCUUAAGGAAAUAGCUGCUGAGGGUGUCCUGCAGCAUAAAUCAAAGUCGAGGGAGAGGGGAGCAUGUUGGCUUGUUGUGGCAAAUAAUUUAGGGAACAACUUCCCAAAUGUCGAGGUCACAUCACGUGCUGUGCGAGACAGAUACAGAAUGCUUGAGAGGAGGCAUAAGAGUAAAAUGGCAGAAGAAGAGAGAGCGACUGGGAUAAGUGGGGAGGAAUUAACAGAAGGAAAUGCAUUAUUGGAGGAGCUGACUGAGAUGAAUGAGGAGACAGAACGAAGAGUAGAAGAAAAUAACAUACAGAAGAAAGCAACUGUGGAAAAGGAAAGAGGUCAGGCAUUGGAGAUGAGGAAAAGAGCGAUGGAACGGAUUGGUGAAACAAGAAAGCGACAACUGCAUGGAAAUGAUGAUAAUGAGAAAAAGAGGAGAAAGUCAGGAGAGACAUUUGAAUGGUUACGGGAAAAGGCAGAAUUGGACAAAAUAAUGAAAGAAGAGGAAUUAAAAAAAAGAAGAGAGGAGCGGGUCAGUCAAAGGGAAGAGAGAAUGAUGUUUGUGCAACAAAUGCAGUUGAUGCAAGAAAACAAUAAUACACAGGUCAGCCAAAUCAUGCAACAACAAGAUUACCAACAACAACAACAACAGCAACAACAAUUUUCAAUGAUGCAACAACAGAUGCUGGCCGUCAUCCAACAACAACAACAACAACAACAAACACAAGUACUUGUAAAUCUCUUUAAAAAUAACCAAUCCAAUGAUUAG